UUUUUUUUAAUUUUAAUAUUUUAAUAAUUCAAUGAUCCAAAUCUGACACCCAAAUCAUGAAAAAGAAGCUCGAUACCCGUUUCCCAGCUGCUCGCAUUAAAAAGAUUAUGCAAGCAGAUGAAGAUGUCGGGAAGAUUGCAUUAGCAGUGCCUGUUUUAGUUUCGAAAGCAUUGGAAUUGUUUCUACAAGAUCUUUGUGAUCGUACAUAUGAGAUUACUCUUCAGAAAGGAGCAAAGACAAUGAAUUCAUUGCAUUUAAAGCAUUGUGUACAGAGCUACAAUGUAUUUGACUUUCUGAGGGACAUUGUUAGCCGGGUUCCCGACUAUGGUCAUGGCCAUUCUGAGGCUGCUGCUACUGAUGAUCGAACUAUUUCCCGCAGAAGAAAAGCUGCCGGAGAUGAUGCCAAUGACAGUGAUGAAGAAUCUAAGAGAAGCAGAAUGCAGCACGAUGUGGGUCACACUGGGACCAGUGGCCGAGGGAGAGGCCGGGGACGAGGCAGGGGUCGUGGAAGAGGAGCUCGACAUGUGGAAAGAGAUGCUCAUCGUGAAAUAGAACCAGAACAUUGCUCAACACAUCAGCAAAACAACAAAAGUCAUUCAACCACAGGAAUGGCAAUAGAUGAUGAUUCCGGGUUGAAGGAAACAGUGAAAGAGAACACUACCGGUGAAGAUGUCAAUCAAUCCGUCCGGAAUUUCGAUCUGAAUGCUGAGGUAGAUGAGAAUGUGGAUGCAAAGGCCUUAGCAGCUGCUGCUAAAGUUGCUGCACCUGCAGCCUCUGCCAGUGCUGCUAGUGCUGCUGCACCAGCGGCCACUGCAGCAGUGGCAGCAACUCAGCCUUCUUUGCCAGGGCCUACAACAGAGGCUAAACACGAAGAAUACCCUGGCUGGUCUCUUUCGGAUAUGGACAAGAUGGCUAUCGAUCCUCUUCAACUUGCUCAGCUUGGCGGAAGGUUAGACGAGGAUGAAGAAGACUAUGACGAGGAAGGGUGAGUAGCUACGAAGUUGGACUCCUAGGAAACGUUAGUGGUCAAGAUCAGUUUAGCACCCCUAGUGGAUAAGAUUGAGAAAAUGCGAAAAUAGUCAAGAUGAUCUCGUUGGAGUAUGGUAAACUAUCCUAUGCAGGUCUCAAUGGCUCAAAUUCAUGUCUCUUCUGUCUUUGUUUACCCAUCAUCGUUUACUUUCUGUUAUAGCAUUCACUAACAUAACUUUAAAAAUGGUAGAUUCUCACAACUGAAAGACACUAGUUCGGGAACCUGCUCGUUAUGCAUUGAGAAAUUUGUGGCUCCUUGUGUAA